AUGGAGGCGACUAAUACCUUCGGUGAGCUGGGGCUCUCAAUCAUUGGCCUCGGCACUCAGUAUCCGCCCCAUGCAUUGAAGCCAGAUUCGCUCAACGUGUUGAGCAAAAGGUUCUACCCAGAAUCCCCGGCGAUGAAAAAGGUGCUCUCUAUCAAUCAGUUCACUGGAAUUGAUGUUCGCUCUUCUAUUGGUAACCCAGACCACCCUGCGGUGAACCAAGAGAAGGCGCCUUCGAUAGAUAAGCUUCAUGAGAUAUACAUGAGCGAUGGCAUACCCCUAGCUAUCGCUGCAGCUCAAAAAGCUAUAGAAGAAGCGAAAAUCGACUUGAGGCAGAUUACCCACAUCGUAUCCACGACAUGCACGAAUAGUGCCAAUCCAGGUUUUGAUCAUUUUGUCGUAAAGGGCCUCGGAAUCACUCACCCUGUGGAGAAGGUGCUGCUUCACGGUAUCGGGUGCAGUGGUGGACUCGCAGCGUUGAGAACGGCUGCGAACCUUGCCCUCGGCCACACAGCGAGAGGCAAACCAGCAAGAAUAUUGUGCGUGGCUCUUGAGGUCAGCACGAUCAUGGUUCGCAGCGAACUAGACAGCAUCAACGAGCUGCAAGAGACUCGGAUCGGCGUCGCGCUCUUCUCUGACUGCGGGAGUGCGUUGGUGUUGAGCAACGGUAUCGGUCAGCCUGCCGAGCCGGUGUACGACUUGUUGGGUUGGGACCACAGAAUAAUUCCAGACACGGAGUCGGAUCUUGGAUUCGAUGUACACCCGAAUGGCUGGAAAGUGGUGCUCACACCUCGCGUGCCAAAGCUCACCGGCGAAGUGAUCAAGCCCACAUUUACAGACCUCUUAGAAAUGCUGCCUUCCGUUCCAGAGGAGUACGCCUCCGCACCGGAUUUUGAUUGGGCUAUGCAUCCGGGAGGCGCGACGAUCCUAUCUGGGGCAGAGAAGGCAAUGGGAAUACAGCCCGAGCACAUGCGUGCCAGCUACGACACGUACAUCAACCAUGGAAACUCGAGCUCAGCGACCAUUUAUAGCGUCAUGAACAGGCUUCGGUCGAAGGAGAUGGACGUGCUGGCGCCCGGUGGCCGCGUUCGUGAGUAUGUAGUUGGAUGUGCCUUCGGUCCCGGCAUCUCUGUGGAGAUGUGCAUGUUGAAGAGAAAUAUGAAAUCUGGCCAGGGUAUUACCGGGUUGGAAACCCCUCCGGAGACGGAGAGUGAAGGUAGCCGGAGCGAAGGUGCACUGAGCGAAGCUGGAGAUGAGCCGGAGGUCGAUGCGCUGGGUGGGGAUGUCGUUGAUGCAGGUGUUCCGGUCGUUCCGGCGACGGCGCAGGGAUCGGAACAGGGGCCGAAAUGCGAUGAUGCAACUUCGGCUUUUAUCGCCGAAGUGUUGGAGAAUUUGGACCUGGAUUAG